UUUCUUUCCGACCAGAGUCUUGUCGUUUUGUGUAAAGUGGAGUGUUUUAAAACGAGAGGAUGCGAACGUUGUCCCGUGUUCGCGGGUCUAGCGGGUGUAACGGGCAACGUCGCGUUAAAUGAAACGGCAUGUCCCAUACGACGCAACUUUUUAGCGGGUUGCUCAUCCUUCUGUCGGCGAUCGCGCUGUGCGAUGGCACAGACACGUACGAGAUCGACUGCAGUAACCUGCGAAUGGGGCAAUAUAUCUGCCCCCAUCCCGAUUAUGAUUUCAUAGACCCAAAGACGCAGCAACCGCGCGGCUGCACCAAGGAAAAUAAGGCCAAAGUGCUAUGUCUAGCUGCCGAUGGCCUUAUAUGUACAGAAACAAAGAACAACACUUUCAAAAAGGAUAUACCUUGUAAAUGGACAAAUGGAUAUUCAUUUGAGACAUCACUAUUGUUGUCGAUAUUUCUCGGCAUGUUCGGCAUAGAUCGAUUUUACCUUGGAUAUCCUGCUCUAGGCUUGCUCAAGCUGAGCACGUUGGGAUUCCUUUUUCUUGGCCAGUUCGCCGAUGUAAUUCUUAUAGCUACGCAAAUUGUAGGACCGGCGGACGGUUCACACUAUGUGAUGCCAUAUUACGGUGCUGGAAUUAACAUCAUAAGGAGCAACAAUUUUACGUAUAGAGUGCCACAAUAUGAUUGUUGAGAGAAAAUAGUAUAUCUAAAGCAUGUAAAUGACGACUUUUCUAUACACGCGCGCGUGCGUUUGUGUGUGUAUGUAUGUGUAUAUAAUUGUAUACCAAUCUCUGUUUUUGUCGCGA